AUGGCGACCGCCCCGACGACCUUUCCUCAGUUCUCGAGCCUCCCCACGGAGCUCCGCCGUUCUAUCUGGGAAGAAGCGGUGGCUGGCCCAUCAAUGCACGUCGUUGAUGGGUUAACCCUUGCAGCCAAUCAUCACCCUCCGCGAGAAGCUUCUUGGAGCAAGCACGAGUACAUCGCCUUCCUCGACAGUGUACCAAGCAUUCAAGAUGAAGACAGCCAACCGAAAAUGAAAUGGCCGCGGCGAUGUACGCGAGACCCUAGUAUGUAUCUUCACAGAAGGUUUCAGCGCCAGGCUUGUCAUGAGGCGGCAUCGGUGUCGUCUCUCAAAGCUCUGAACGUCAACACCGUCUACUUUCCGGGACAAGCCAGAAAGUUCGAUUAUGACAACGAUCGAGACGUGCUGCAUCUCCGCUUUUCCAGCCAGUAUCACGCCGAGUACGUCGAGCAGACGACUUCAUCGCACGGCAGUCCCCAUUUCAGCAGUAUAGCCGAAGCUCUUGAGGCUCACUGGAGUACAGAGAUGGCGCUCACUGUGUGGCAGGCACGACGCAUAGCCAUCGAUGUCAGAGAGACAUUGAUGCCCUUAAGUCUAGUCGAGAUUGAGUAUUUGGCAUCUUGUAUUCAGAAAGGCUUGGAAUGCAUUUACCUGAUAGACGAUGCCGAGGAAAGGGGUAGUAAGAGUGGACCAGAGCAUCUCAAUGCGUCAAGUCUUCAGCAGAGAGGGAGGCUCUAUCGCUUACUGCACAGCAGGCAGCUGAAGAAAAACGUCGGAAGAGAGCCCGAUGUUUUCCAGGGCGUGGGGAAAACGUACAGAGAGGUCUUUGACUUGGAGAAACUUGGAUGGACUGAGGCCCAUCCUGCAUUUGGCUUCGCAUGUCGCCUCUCGGCGUCAAUUGAUGCACAACAGUAUGACGGUGGCGAGGAAGUCUUCAAAGGGGUCAGGGUAUUGCUAGCAGAAGAGGACUAUGCUUAG